AUGAACAUCCAAGACUUCAUGGCCCUCGAGGCCGACAGCAGCCACGACGAGCUGAUCGAUUUGCGCUCCCUUGAUUUCGUCUCCAGCUACGACUCGCACCUGAUGUGUCCAAUCUGUCACUGUCCUUUAAUCGAACCCGCGCGCCUACAAUGCGAUCACGUUUUCUGCCAAAAGUGCCUUCGAUCGGCCAUCACCACCUUCCGCUCGGCCGAUACGGACGAGUUCCCGUGUCCCUCUUGCCGAACCCCCACCAGCCAGAUAUCGACGAGCGUGCCCCGCUUGCUGAUCAACAUGUGCGAAGAAAUCCAAGUGCGGUGUCCCUUUGCGACAGAGGGGUGCCAGGAGGUCGUGCCGCGAGGGCAUAUUCAGUCGCAUGUGGAUAAAUACUGCGGGUAUCGCCUCAUACCGUGCCCGGAUGAGGAUUGUGAGAAGAUGUCCCGGAAAAAGGAUCUUCAGGUGGAACAAAGAUGCAUGCAUAGCUAUUGCCGGUGUUCGCGCUGCGAGGAGGACAUCAUGGAACAGGACUAUGAAGUGAGUAAUGCCCCUGCAUUAUUCAACUUGGAGACAAUCCUAAUCAAUUGUGUGUCUCAGGAACACGACAAAGAGCUUUGCCCUAGCCUCGAAACAACAUGUGUCGACUGUGGAACUACUAUACCCCAGCGAAAUCUGAAGAAGCAUAUCGAAACAUGCCCUGAGGUCGUGAGUCCUUGCAUGGCAUCAAAAUACGGAUGUACAGCCAAGAUUCGACGCGCAGAAAUCGCCACCCAUGAACAGUCUUGUCCGCUAGUCUCAAUCGGCCCAUACUUCGAAGCACAAAACACUCGGUUGAAUUCACUCGAAUUAAAAAUGCGCCACCUCCAACAACGAAAUGAAAUCUUCGAGGAUGGCCUCUCGAAUAUCCGCUCUACCUUACUCGAGUCUGCCCGUGCGACUGGGGGUAACCGCGGCGGAAGAUCCGCCACCGAAAAUGACAGAAGUCAACACGGCCGAGUCGACGACGAUGAAUCUGCAAAUUCUUCAAACGUCUUCUCAUCCAACGCCACGACAUACCUCCUCUCACUGCACGAAUCCUUGCGCGAAGAGGUGAGCCAAAUGUCGCACGCACUCACAGACCUCGAUGCGCGAGCUAGUAUGACGAUCAUGAACGAAUGUCUUCGCAUCAAAGAAGAUAUGGCCCAUACCAACGCGGCCGUCAAUAGCGUACGCAUGCAGGUCCAGUGGCUCAUGAACCCCCGGCUCCACAAUGGCGCCCGGGCCGGAGGCAUGCGCACCAACGCCAGCACUGCCGGCAAUGAUACGACUCGUUCGCAAUUAACGUCUACUUCCGCGCCGGGCCCGAGCAAUGCUGCUGGUCCUUCCUUGGGACCAAUUCGGCCCCGAAGGCCCAGUGAUAGUGGGCGCGAGGGAACGAAACUAUAA